AUGGUGCUGGAAGAUCCACAGUUGCUCAAGGCUCCGGAGUGGCUCUGUCAUGUGACCCAGGUCAGUGGUGGAGGUCUUUGCUUCGGGGUGGUCAGUUGGCCUUAUCACUGCACAGACGUGUCGAGAUUUGGCUCAGAGCAUUUGUGCCAGACCUGCGCGGCCAGGCCGAUGUCUCUAACGCCGCAUGGACGUGCGCCCACACAAGUGCUCCUACCGCGUCGAGCGCCACCCACGCUUAGCGUGCCUGGAUGGGUGUCAGGCGGCAGCAGUUCCAGCGGCUUACACCGACCAGGUUCCAAAGCAGCAUUGGCCCUGACCCUUGAAGCUUGCCGAAGAUGGAGAAGAGGCCGAGCUGUUCGGUCGUUCCCCACAGGACUAGAGCUUGACACGUCGCCGGACAUCUCCGAGCGCCCGGAGAAGCGGAUCGUCCCGGAGCUCAGCAGAUACGAGGACCCUGACGACCCCGUCCGACCACCGGCUCCAGCUCGGGACCGCAAGGGGCUUUGGGCUCCGCCUGGUCCGAAGCCUAUUGGAGCACCAGAGGUUCUGGUCAUCGGGCUCGGCCGGCGCCAACGCUCUGACGCCGCGGAUGGCCCGCGCGGGCGUUUGGGUGCUGGGGCUGUGGAAGCCCUGCAGCGGCGUUACCAGAUCCACAGCUUUUUUGACGCGGACGCGCAAGGGUAUAUGUCCACAUGCCGGGCCAGCCUCGACAAGAGCGGCCGCGCUGGCGUGCAGAAGAUCCACAUGAUGCAGCCGCUGAUUGAGAACGACUUUGAUGUGGCGCAUGCAAUUGAGAAGGUCAUGCGGAGGCGCGGCAUGAAUCAGGCCAUGGUGCUCUUCGUGCUCAGUGACCCUCGCCUUCCUUUUGGCCAGCUUAGGAUGCGCAACGCAUAUGACAGUUCCAACCCUUGGCUGCGUUCGGCCUACACAGCGCUGGGUCCGGAAAACCGGGUCACCUGCCUCUACGUCGGUGCCGGGGUGGCAGCCCGUUCGGAGCUGCUGGCAGCAGAGGCUGCCGCGCUGCCCACGGUGCUUAGCAAUGCCGCCACGGCCAUUGAGGUGUGGCUUAGCGAGUCCGACUUGGGGCUGGUGAUGCGUUUCGUGAAUCGGCCAGAGGUGUACGAAAUGCCGCCUGGCUGGCCAUAUACUCACCAGGUGCUUGAGGAGUCAGACCCAGCUGCUCUUCCGCAGGAGCACGGAGACGACAGCGAGUCGGGCUCUGAAGGUGCUCUGGCACCUCAGGCUAUGCUACCUGCCCUCGGAGAGUACGCGCUCUUUGAUCUGAACCGCGACAAUCCUACUGACGUGCCAGAUGUGGCCGCAGACUUGAUGUCUCCUAGCUCGGCCUUGGGGGCUUUAGAAGAACGGCCGCCAAGCGGGGCCAUCCUCCUGGCUGGACGCAGGUACUCCUCUCUUGCCAAGUUGAAGAGCACAGUGGUGGACAUACUUUUGGAACAGGAGCCAGGAGCACACCUUCGAUUCAAGGAUGACGAGGAUGCCAUAAAGACCUUGCUGAGCUUCCAUCCUGAUGCUGACAGGCUAUUGGAGGAUCUCGUGGCAGUCAAAGUGGACUGCUCCCCAGUGGACGAUGAUACAAGGUGUCUUUGGGUGAUCAAGUUUGACGGUUACGAGGAGGAUGUCAGCUUGCAGACCUGCCUAGAAGGUCUGGAGCGAGUGCUGAACCUCGAUCCAGCACCGCUGCAUGAUGCGGGCGAGCGCUUCAUCCCACGCCUCGGUCCUGGACGAUGGCGGGAAGGGCCAAGGCCGGGAGCGGGCAGAAAGCGGCCGGCGAGUGACUCAGCAGGUCCCCGCGAAUCCUCGGCGGGGGCAUUGCUUUACCAGACAGAUUUAGAGGUGUCAGAUUUUAAGUGA